UGGAAAGCGUCCCUGAGCCCUCUGAAGCUCUAGGAUCGACGGACCACUUGGCACCCUCUUUCUAUCACUAUCUGUCCGUGGCCAUGGACGAGACGGAGGGGAAGCAAGGAUGGGGCAUCCGCCGGCUGUGGCUGGUGACCGGGAUCUUGGCGGUCCUCUUUGGGGUUAUCUUUGUCACCAUGACAAUCUACUCCGCCGUCACAGCGUACAGCGAGGCCAAUAAGGACGGGCUGCGAGCGCAGGAUGAGUGCCGUAACACCACGCACCUGUUGCAGCGCCAGCUCACCCGUACCAAGGACAGUCUGCUGCAGGCCAAGACGCAGGCAAACUCCUGCAACCGGACCGUGGUGACCCUUCAGGAUUCCCUGGAGAAGAAGGCGUCUCAAGCACUGGAGCAGCAGGCCCGCAUCAGGGAGCUUGAGAAUGAAGUCAUGAAGCUGAACCAGGAGCUGGAGAAUCUGAGGAUCCAAAAGGAGACGUCUAGCACAAUGCAGGGGAACUCUGGCAGCUCCGUGGUGGUCUCCAGCAGCCUACUACUGGUGCUCACCAUGUCACUGUUCCUGCUCUUUUGAGGACUCAGUAGUUGGCAGGUCACAGCUGUUUGAGGUCAAUGUGGGUCAUAGUGACUCUGGAGGGGUCCUGGCAGCCCUGAGGAUGUGAAAACCACUAGGGGGCACCCAGAUUGCGCCUUCCUACCUUAGGACUGGGGGGGCGGGGAGGGAGUUCUGCUUUAUUGCUUUUGCAUUUAUUGAGGAGGGGUCGCUUAUUUUGAUGUCUUUGAGCCUGGAAAAAUAAAGUAAUUUGGAAAGAAAGA